AAGCAAUAAAGCAAGCUAAAAGAAGCCUUGAAAUGAAACAAUUAUUAUAAGCUGAUGGAAGAAAAGAACUUUGUUUCGUUCUCAAUAAAGCAAACCCACUAACAUUUACAUACCUUACCUCCCCUUUAAACUCAAUCUCUUCUUUCUCUCUUAAGUUUAGCAUCAUCCCCCUCCUUCGCCCCCAAGAAAAUUGGUUCCAUUCCCGACUCCUACUUAAUAGAAUGUAAACCUCUUCUUUUUCGAAUUUGCAUCGGAAGAGAAGUUCUCAAACAUUCAAAAUCUUCGUUUCCAGAGUGAAUUAGAGAAGAAAGAAAGAAAGAAAGAAAGAAAGAGAAAAAUGAGUGCAGAUUGGGGACCGGUCAUUGUUGCAGUGGCUUUGUUCAUCCUCUUGUCACCAGGGUUGCUGUUCCAGCUACCAUCGAGGACUAGAGUGAUUGAAUUUGGUAACAUGUGCACAAGUGGGAUAGCCAUCCUGGUUCACGCCGUGCUAUUCUUCUGCAUAAUCACUAUCUUGAUCAUUGCAAUUGGUAUUCACAUACAUGUUAAGUGAUCCAAACUCUUUGGAAAAGGGUAGCUCUUUUUUUUUUUUUUUUUUUCUCUUUGGAUCCUUUG